AAAGCAAUAUUUAGAAACUUCCGAUGAAGUUUGACCUUUAAGGAUAAUAGGAUUUCCUGCCGUCAGUCAUCAGAGCCGCUGUGUGUUUUGGAGCAUCUGCCUAUUUAAUGUCAGAGAUCCCAAAUGUAAUUCUGUAUUAAAGCUAUUUACAUGACAGAGAGAUGGAUAUAGAGAAUUAAUAUUCUUAACACUUGUUUUAUCUUGUUUUCUUAAAACUGUUUUCAGUAAUUCAUUACUGUACAGCAACUGAACAAAAGCGAAUAAGCCAUUAAAUUUGAUCAUAUUCAUCAUUUACUGCUGAUUAGAACCUGUGAAAAAAUAUAGCAUUGUGUCUAAGCAUCAUUUACUCCCUGAUCAACUGCGUCAGGAUAGAUUAAGUGUAAUGAGCUUAAGUCAAGCAGGACCACGGAUAAACCGCUCCUCGAGCGUCUUCAAAACACAAUGGCCGUCUUUCACACGGUGCUGUCUGCACUCUUCUUCUGUCAGCAGCUCGGUUCUGCCGGAUCCGUGUGUGUGACCGGAUGCUCCUGUGCGGACGAGGCCUUCGGAAGGUGAGUCAGUCCUUUAGAACAGAUGUUGGUUUAGGCUGGUAAAAACACUUUAUAAAUGACCCAGUAACUCAACGUGUGGCUCUAUUCAACUUAUCUAGGGCAGAACUUUAAACAGUGUCUUUUAUGUGUAUUAAUGUUAAUUUCCUGUAAACGCAGACCAAAAUGUCUCUUUUUCCUGCUAACGUGCAGAUCUUUGCUCUGUAUGGAGCUUCCCUUAGGAAGGAUCCCGCAAAACAUUCCUGAGAAUUCCAUCAAAAUCCGUAUUGAACAGUCACACCUAGCUGAAAUCCCUCAAGCGGCAUUCGCUACAGUCAGUGCCUUAACCUUCCUAUGGCUGAAUUUUAACAAUAUAACGCUGAUGAAUGUUAGAAGCCUGGAGGGACUGCAGAACCUGACAGAGUUACGCAUGCAGGGCAACAAACUGCGUUCAAUACCAUGGGCAGCUUUCCGGGACACUCCCAACCUUGACAUUUUGGACCUGAAGCACAACCGAAUAGACGUGCUCCCAGAAUAUGCCCUGCGGCACCUGCCCAAACUAACCUAUUUCGAUUUAUCCUUCAAUCAGCUCACCAUCAUUUCCAGAGACGUCUUCCUCAACUGGCCCCGCAUCCAAACGCAGAGAGCCGGCGUCAAAGAGGAACGGGCUGACGUCGUUCUAGCGCUGCAUGAAAAUCGAUGGCUUUGUGACUGCAGACUCAAAGGCUUUGUUGAAUUCAUCAACGCUAUCAGCCCACCGAUGAUCCUGAUGAACUCGUAUAUGACGUGUUCAGGGCCUGAAUCCAAAGCAGGAAAGUUCUUUCAUGAGGUGGAGUUGAAGACAUGCUUGAAGCCAGAAACCUCCAGUCCUCAAACUGACGUCACCCUCCCUCUGGGGUCAAAGGUCACCCUGAGGUGCUUGGUGAAGUCCAGACCUGAAGCGGUCGUCCGCUGGAGCUACAGUCUGAAACGCAUCAGAGCUUUUACAGUUUCUCAGACUUGGCUGAGCGACGACACCAUCAGCUCUGCGCUGAUUAUUCCGGCUGUUCAUGUGGCCGAUCGAGGCGUUUACACCUGCGCUGCCAACAAUUUCAUCGGCAACUCCUCUGUCAGCGUCCGGCUCGAUGUCGUCCUAGACCACAACUCCACUUUCCCGCCCUCACCCGCCUUCCCGCUGGCAUCGGUUGAUGAAAGCGUGUAUAUAGACGUGCACAUAGCCAAGCAGACCAUCUAUGGCAUCACCAUCGAGUGGUUUGCACUGACUGAGAAACCUGCAGAAACCUGGUUCACGGUUUAUUUCGGCCGUUACGAUGCAUCUAAGAAAGACGCCAUUCACGUGGGUCCAGGAACCAACAGCUACUCUGUCAGUGACCUGCUCCCGCUUACGAAAUAUGAAGUGUGCGUGACAGCGAGGAACCAGCCACCGCGAGACGGCCAGUGCGUUGUGUUCGUGACGGGCAGCGAUGUGAACCCACCGGAGCAGAGAGCAAGACUCAUCCACAUUGUUGUCGUUGUUUGUGGCAUGGUGCUGGCAGUGCCUGCUGGGAUGUGUGUGUGCACGAGCGACACCAGAACACACUGUUGCGAGCGCUGCGCUGACCUGUACAACAGACACAAGCAGCGCGGCGACAGACAGGAGACGUUUGAUGGCCUGCAGGCACCAAGUGAUGAAGGUCAGUGUGGAGACUCUGCUGAGGUGAGGAUGAAGAGGAGCUCAGAGCAGAAAACACAGAAGCGGAACAGCAGCGCGCAGUUAUAUUAAAAGAACACGGUUUGUGAUAUUUUCUUUGUGGACUGAAUAGAAGCAAAAAUUCACUGAAUGCACUUUUGUUUUCUUCCAUUUUCAGUGGGAGUGUUUCAUUGUAAGUGCUGUAUUCAUUGAUUUCACAGUAUGUGCAUUGUUUUAAAUGUUUGUGAAAUAAAUGUCAAACAUUAAAGGUGAGGUGGAUUCAUUCUUGUUUAUCGUAAAGUGGAUCUUUUUUCUUUUCUUUUUUUUAUACAUGUGAAUGACAAUUAGCUCAAAACACUAUAAGAUUUACU